UUUUUUCCUCUUAUUUACGUUUGGUCAGGAAGGAGCGAUUAAUUAUUUAUUAUUUGCGAAUCGAUCGAAAAAGCUGGAAAAAAAUCAUUUGAACGAUGUUCACGAUAGUGGAUUUCUACGGUAAACAGGCCGACUACAGUUGCGGCUAUUGCAAACAACCAACAUCCUGCCAAACGCAUGGAAUGUGGGCCCACACCAUGACCUGCCAGGACUACCAGGAUCUGAUCGAUCGUGGCUGGAGACGGUCCGGAUGCUAUUGCUACAAGCCGGAAAUGCACACCACCUGCUGUCCGUCGUAUACGAUUAAGUGCGAUGCGACGCGUUUCCGCUUGAGCAAAUCGCACAAGAAGACCAUCAAGCGGGUCAAUAAAUUCUUGAAGGAUGGCGUAAGGGCAAAGGACGACGGCGAUGGGACGAGUGAUGCAGAUCGUAGCGCAGAAGAUGGUAGUGCCGGCGGGGAUUUAGAAAUGGGAGAUGUAGCGCGUAAUCCCAGAAAGGAACUGAAUCUGGAUAAUGUAAAAGCUCUCGUUAGAAAAGAGGAUGGUCCUGUGGCACGAGAUGCGGUCGGUGGGAUGUGCUUAGCAAAGGAUCCCAGCGCUGGAAGUAGCUCCGAUUUGUCUACGAAAUCUUCGACCGGUGGUAGGAAUCCACCGAAGAAAGCGAAGCUGUUGAGAAUUGAACGGAAGCGGGAAAAGUUAAUUCAGAAAGGAUUGAAACCCGAAGAGCUUGAUAAGGAAAUGCAAGAGGCCAAGGGUAAGAACGUUGAAAAGAGUCUGGAGGAUUUUCUCGCUGAAGAGCCAGCAGAAGGAGAGCAGUCGGCACAUCGUUUGAAGCUCGUUAUCGUCUGUACCUCGAGUAAUGAGUUCAAGCGAACCAAACAGAUCUCCUUUGGCGUGUACAAGAAGUACCAAACCGAGGUGCACAAUGAUCCACCCAACUCGAUCGAAGAAUAUUUGGACUUCCUGGUCAAGUCACCGCUUCAGUACACAACUGGUCAGAACUCUCCAAGCUGUGGAUUUGGAUCGUUCCAUCAGCAGUACUGGUUGGACGAUCGCCUAAUUGCCGUUGGGGUUAUCGACAUCCUCCCCAGCUGCGUCAGCUCGGUUUACUUUUUCUACGACCCCGAGUAUAGAUUUCUCUCACUGGGGACUUAUGCAUCUCUAAGAGAACUUGCCUUCACGCGUAAGAUGCAACAGCACACCCCCAGUAUUACCAACUACUAUAUGGGAUUCUAUAUCCAUUCGUGUCCCAAGAUGCGCUACAAGAGCAAUCUCUACCCGUCGUAUCUGCUCUGUCCGGAAGUGUACAGCUGGCACCCGUUGGAUGCGAAAGUUGUGGCCAUGUUGGACAAAAGUAAAUAUUGCCGCUUCAACGAAAACCCCAAGGCGGUUGAUCAGAAUGCAGUCAGUUCGGAAGAUGUGUUGGACGUGCUUAUUCUGCAUGGCAGUUCCUACAAACGCUACGGGCAAUAUAUGAAAACGGUGGGUUUGACGGUACCGGCCAAAAACACGUGCACCUACGCAAAGUUGGUUGGGAAAGUGUGCUCCAGUCGGAUGCUUCUUUAUGAGGGGUAAACAAUGUGUUUGCGUGCCUGCUGGCUGCUGAAUGAAGGAGAAUCCACAGACAAACAGACAAAACAAGUUAAUCGAACACGCAUUUAACAGCCAAUUUAAAUGUUUUUCAGUUUGAAGUACCGCCAAUUGUGACGCGCAUAGUCAAUUCCCUUGCGUUUGACGUUUACACGCUACCGCCAUCUGUUGAGAGUACUGCACAUCACAAUGUACCCAACAGAUGGCGGUAGUGUUUAGCGACGAUGUUUUACAGUAAUAAAUAUGUGUUAUGUCUGCUUGUCG